CGUGACAGACUCCGGGUUUACGGCAGGUGCCCACGUGAUCCUGGCCUGCAGUCGGGUGGCUGCGGUGAGGUACCUGGGUUCCUGAAGGGCGGGCGGUUAGGUUUUAACCACCGUCGCCGCCGGCGGACUCUCCUGAGUUGCCGGGCUAGGAAACAACGGCUCAGCUGAGGCGUUCACCGCUUAGUGCCUACGUCAAGGGUCAGCUCUUUCUGCUGCCUCCGCGGUCCCCAAUUCUUUGCGGGUGAAGUUACCUUUGGGUUUCGAGACCUUGGGGCCUGAGGCCCAAACUUGGGACGAACCCUUAGCUCACCUCUCUUUUCCUGUCAUUCUCUAACUCUUACUUUGUACCACCGAAUUACUUGGCCUUUGAGCUAGCCAGCGCGGCCGUGCCUUGAGGCCAGGUUCGGGGCGAUAAAGGUAACCGUGGGGAAGGCGGCCCCCCAGUGGACAAAGGCGGAGGCAAGAAUAGAGCAGUCCUGAGGGCCGUAGGCGAUGAGAAUAGGCGGUUGAGGGGUGAACAAGAAAACAAACAACCCCCCCCUCCCCCCAAAGAGUACUGAAGAUUUAGAAGGGACUGGAAAAGACUUGUUGCGCAAUGGAGGACUCUGACUCCGAGAAAAAGAUGGAGAAAGAAAAUCUGGGGCCGAGAAUGGAUCCUCCUCUAGGGGAACCGGAAGGAUCGCUUGGGUGGGUGCUACCAAAUACAGCCAUGAAGAAAAAGGUGCUGUUGAUGGGUAAAAGUGGGUCUGGUAAGACCAGCAUGAGGUCUAUUAUCUUUGCAAAUUAUAUUGCCAGAGACACACGUCGCCUUGGCGCAACAAUACUAGACCGUAUACAUAGUCUUCAAAUUAAUAGCAGUUUGAGCACCUACUCUCUCGUAGACUCUGUUGGAAAUACAAAGACAUUUGAUGUAGAACAUUCUCAUGUUCGAUUUCUGGGAAACCUGGUAUUGAACCUGUGGGAUUGUGGUGGGCAAGACACCUUCAUGGAAAAUUAUUUCACUAGCCAGCGGGACAACAUAUUCCGAAAUGUGGAGGUUCUGAUUUAUGUCUUCGAUGUGGAAAGCCGCGAACUGGAAAAGGACAUGCACUAUUACCAGUCAUGCCUGGAGGCCAUUCUACAGAACUCUCCAGAUGCCAAAAUAUUUUGCUUGGUACACAAAAUGGAUCUGGUACAGGAGGAUCAACGCGACCUGAUUUUUAAAGAGCGAGAAGAAGAUUUGAGGCGUUUGUCUCGCCCAUUGGAAUGUUCUUGUUUCCGAACAUCUAUCUGGGAUGAAACUCUCUAUAAGGCUUGGUCCAGCAUAGUUUAUCAGCUGAUUCCCAAUGUUCAGCAGCUAGAAAUGAACCUAAGGAAUUUUGCUGAAAUUAUCGAAGCGGAUGAAGUACUUCUGUUUGAGAGAGCCACUUUUCUGGUAAUUUCUCACUAUCAGUGUAAAGAACAGCGUGAUGCCCAUAGAUUUGAGAAAAUAAGCAACAUUAUUAAGCAGUUCAAGCUGAGCUGCAGCAAGCUGGCUGCCUCUUUCCAGAGUAUGGAAGUCAGGAAUUCUAACUUCGCUGCUUUCAUUGACAUCUUUACAUCCAACACUUAUGUGAUGGUUGUGAUGUCUGAUCCGUCCAUUCCUUCUGCAGCUACUCUGAUCAACAUCCGCAAUGCCAGGAAACACUUUGAAAAGCUGGAAAGAGUGGAUGGACCAAAGCAGUGUCUUCUCAUGCACUAAACAUUGAUGAAUAUUGUUUCACACAAAAAUUUAAAGUUUCAUAAUUAAUCUUAAUGUUGUAUUCAUAUAUGUAGGCUCCGAAAUGUUGUGAUGCUUAUUGCUUCUGUAUUUCUUCUCUACUCCCUAGUCUUAAUGUUUAACCUUGAAUGCUAUUUACUUAAAUAGCCAUUGAGGAGUUAGAAGACGAAUUGUUCAUGAAGUCAGUGUAACAUAAAAGUAGAUGAUAUGUAAGUUUUCCGAUAACAAGGUUCUAAUAGUGUUUAAAUGUACUGGCAACCUGGUUCUAAUCGUUGUAUUUGCCAAAGCCUUUCUCAGCAUCAUCUUGUAUUCCUUAUCAGAUAGUAAGUAACCUGUAAGUUUGGAGUAUUACUGUUUUCUCAGCAUGCAUUAAAAAUAUUCCUUAACUUCAAUUGUAAAUAAACUUUUGCUGUUAGGGA